AUGGUCAAUGGAUGGAUUAAACGAACUGAACUUUCAGGACAAAAUCGUGUAGCCGCCUUAAAAGGAACCGUAGAAUCACUCUCAGAUGAAGACAAACUGGUCAAAAAGAUUAUCCAUGCGUAUGAAAGAAGAGGAAAAUAUGGUCGACCAGUGAAGAAAUAUAAUGACACCCUCACAGUAUAUUUUAGUAUCCAGUUGACACAGAUCAUGGACCUCGAUGAAAAAAAUCAAGUUUUGAGCUUAAAUAUUUGGGAUCAAUACUGGUGGAAAGAUGAUCAUAUACAUUGGAAUAAGGAAGAUUAUGGUGGAGUGGAGAAAGUUAGAAUACCUUAUGAUAAAAUAUGGUUACCGGAUAUUAAACUAUAUAAUUAUGCUGAUCUACGUUUAGAAGAACAUCGAAAACCCCUGUGUGUAUUUUAUCAUACAGGUGAUAUACAAUGGAUGCCACAAGUUGUUUAUCGAAGUUCCUGUUUAAUAGAUGUUUAUAAAUUCCCAUUUGAUGUUCAAAACUGUUCGUUAAAAUUUGGCUCCUGGACAUAUAACGGGGCUGAAUUAGAUAUAGAAUUCUAUGAAGAUAGAAACUACAUCGAUUUAACAGAAUAUAUCGAGAGUAAUGCUUGGCAGAUCAUAGAUGUACCCGGUGUUAAAAAUACCGAGUAUUAUACCUGCUGCCCUUCACCAUUCGUAGACAUAACUUAUAAUUUAAUAUUUCAAAGACGAGCUACACUAUAUAAUUAUAUAUUAAUUUUACCAUGUGUGUUAUUAACAUCUAUUACCUUAGUGUUAUUCUGGAUUCCACCUGAAUCACCAGCUAAAAUGCAAUUAGGGUUAACAGAAUUCAUUGCUUUUUUCGUGUUGUUGAAAAUUUUAGAGAAGAACUUACCACCCGGUACAGAUACUAUGCCUCUAUUAGGUACAUAUUAUUGUUUGAACAUGAUCAUCAUAACUCUGUCAUCCUUUCUUAACGUUAUGGUUGUGAAUCUGAAUCAUUAUGGUGCAACCCGAUCUCACUUUCCAGAACCAUUCCGCAGUGGCCUGUUUAAUUACGUUGCUAAAAUUCUACUAAUGGAUUCCUUGGUUAGUCCACUACGGAAUAUAAAGGCUGUUAAGAAUAUAACUACCGGUGGCAGUAUACAAGACCUUCAAGCGGAUAAAUGGAAUCCGGAUCCAAUGGCCUCAACGGAAAUGUUAGUUCAUCUUCAAAAAGAUCUGGCUAAAACUGGUGGUCCAUUAUUCGCUAUUGAUAAACAACUGUGUGAAUUACGAGAUUUUAUUAAACAAAAUCGUAGAAGAUUAUUUGAACGCGAUCGUAAAGAAAUGCUAAUGAAGGAAUGGAAGGCAAUAGCUUUGAUACUGGAUAGAAUAUUUUUUGUUAUUUAUUUAAUAAUUAUUGUUGGGUCUUUAAGCUACACUAUUCCCGUUUUGACAUCAGAUAAUGGUCAAAACACAACUGCAUUAGCUGUUGCUAUGGGCAAAUCUGUAUAG